AUGGAAUGUCUAGUGCUGAGAGUGCACGAGUCUGUGCCUCAAAUACUGUCAGUGUACGAGUCUGUGCCUCAUAUACUGUCAGUGUACGAGUCUGUGCCUCAUAUACUGUCAGUGUACGAGUCUGUGCCUCAUAUACUGUCAGUGUACGAGUCUGUGCCUCAUAUACUGUCAGUGUACGUGUCUGUGUCUCAUAUAGUGUCAGUGUAUGAGCCUGUGCCUCAUAUACUGUCAGUGUACGAGCCUGUGCCUCAUAUACUGUCAGUGUACGAGUCUGUGCCUCAUAUACUGUCAGUGUACGAGUCUGUGCCUCAACACAGAGUCUGGGCCUCAACACAGAGUCUGGGCCUCAACACAGAGUCUGGGCCUCAACACAGAGUCUGUGCCUCAACACAGAGUCUGUGCCUCAACACAGAGUCUGUGCCUCAACACAGAAGUCUGUGCCUCAACACGAAUCUGUGCCUCAACACAGAGUCUGUGCCUCAACACGAAUCUGUGCCUCAACACGAAUCUGUGCCUCAACACAGAGUCUGUGCCUCAGAGUCUGUGCCUCAACACAGAGCCUCUGUGUCUGGGCCUCAACACAGAGUACUGUCAACACAGUCUGUGCCUCAACACAGUCUGUGCCUCAACACAGAGUCUGUGCCUCAGUCUGUGCCUCAACACAGAGUCUGUGCCUCAACACAGAGUCUGUGCCUCAACACAGAGUCUGUGCCUCAACACAGAGUCUGUGCCUCAACACAGAGUCUGUGCCUCAACACAGAGUCUGUGCCUCAACACAGAGUCUGUGCCUCAACACAGAGUCUGUGCCUCAACACAGAGUCUGUGCCUCAACACAGAGUCUGUGCCUCAACACAGAGUCUGUGCCUCAACACAGAGUCUGUGCCUCAACACAGAGUCUGUGCCUCAACACAGAGUCUCAACACAGAGUCUGCCUCAACACAGAGUCUGUGCCUCAACACAGAGUCUGUGCCUCAACACGAGUCUGUGCCUCAACACAGAGUCUGUGCCUCAACACAGAGUCUGUGCCUCAACACAGAGACUGUGCCACAGUUCUUCCUCCCGACGAUUUGA